AUGGUAAAAGAAAAGAAAGAAAUGAUGAAAAGAAACAGAGAAUUGAAGCCAAUUGGAGGGAUCUGGUACAAGUACCAUUUUCAAGCAGGUCUGCAGUGGGUGGUACAAGGAGCAGUGGAUGUUAACAUUGGUGCGAACCCUUCUGCUGAAGGAGGUGAUGAAGACGAGGGUGUUGAUGAUCAAGCAGUGAAGGACGUCGACAUUGUUGAUACCUUUAGACUCCAGGAGCAACCUCCUUUCGACAAGAAGCAGUUUGUUACUUACAUCAAGAGGUACACCAAACAGCUUACUCCCAAGCUUGAUGCAGAGAAGCAAGAGUUCUUUAAGGAAAACAUUGAGGCAGCAACCAAGUACCUCCUCUCAAAGCUCAGUGACUUUCAGUUUUUUGUUGRGGAGAGCAUGCAUGAUGACAGUACAACAGUGUUCGCUUACUACAAAGAUGGUGCUGCUGACCAGACAUUUUUGUACUUCGGUGUGGGGCUGAAGGAGGAAAGAUCUAGAAUAAUGUUGCGCUUUGCUGAUUUGCUUGAGAAGCAUGCUGAUGAAAUAACAGCUCUUAAAGUUUGGGAUAAUGGGAAGCCAUAUGAUCAGGCAGCARCAGAUGAAAUACCCCUGCUCAUUCRUCUUUUCCGGUAUUAUGCUGGCUGGGCCGACAAAAUCCAUGGCCUCACAAUUCAGGCUGACGGUCCGCAUCAUGUCCAGACGCUGCAUGAACCCAUUGGUGUUGCAGGGCAAAUUAUACCAUGGAACUUCCCUCUUCUGAUGUAUGCUUGGAAGGUUGGGCCUGCAUUGGCUUGUGGUAACACUGUAGUACUUAAAACUGUUGAACAGACACCAUUAUCUGCCCUCUAUGUUUCAAAGCUUUUCCUUGAGGCAGGACUUCCUCUUGGUGUGCUAAAUAUUGUAUCUGGUUAUGGUCCCAGUGCUGGUGCUGCUCUUGUUGCUCUUGCUGAUAUUAGUUUAUAUUUAUGUCCUUUCACUCAUACCUUCAUUAUUUGCUCUUGGUGUAAAUCGAACACAUUUAUGGAGUCGUUUAAGUAUGAUGGAUUUUAA